UGGGCGGGAGUUUUUGUGUUGUUGUUGUGGGCCAAAUGCAAUGACCGAUUCUGUGGAAGAUAUUAAGGUUUUUUUUAAAUAUUGACAUUUAGCAGUACCCUUUGAAAUUUCUUUGCAUAUAAAACAAUUGUACGUAAAACAAGCCAAGCGAAAGGUUCAAAAGUAUGCAAGUAAACAGAAGUGUAAUGGUUUCGGCGAAUGGCUGUAUGCUAACAAACACGACAUGUGAAGAGUGAAGAUGUGAGUCGAAUUGUCAGCGGUGUUGUGAGCUUCAGUGGCGGACACGCAGUUUCUGUAACCCGGUUGUGAAUCUCAACACGAUGUCGCAGGGCAAGGCCAAAAAGAAACUACUUUAUCACAAAGGAGAGGAAAAAAGCAAGUCUCCAAUCCCAAUCAAAGAUGCCUUUACCCUACGUGAUAUUGACUCUUUAUUUGAUGACAUAGAUGCAGACUCUGGUAUACCUAUCCUUUCUCCAUUGCCCACGAGCAGUGGUGUAGUUCAUCAGAAGAAAAGUGAGAGUCCAUCUCAUUCACAUAAUGUAAAGACUCCAUCUAAAAAGGCACCCAAGGAAGCAUUUAUCAAUGCAAAUGGCAUUCAGGAUGAUGGACUUAUUGAUAAAGAAAGUCCAUUUAAAGAGAUUGCUCCAAUAAAGACGUCCAGUCCUAUUACCUUGGCAACAGGAGAGGAUGAACCAGAGAAUGGGUUCAAACUUCUGCUUUUUGGAGAGGAUGAGGAGCCUAUUGGAGGAGACUUAGGCAAACCUCCUUGCCCUCAGCAGUCAGACCCAGUAAAGGAAGGCUUUCAUAGUUACAGUGGGUCUCUGGAAUCACCACCAGAAAGGCUUGAGUUUCGAAAAACCACAAAACCAAACACUGAUUCCUUAUCAAGCAGAAAGACUGCAAAAACAACAACAACAUCUGUAGCCACCCAGUCUGCUCCACAGGAAAUAAAGACUGAUUCAUCCAUGAAUGAAGUUUCAAGUCAAUUGUCUCCUAUUCUGGUUCAGAAUAAUGAGCAGGAACUACAGCGGACCGAGCAAUGCAUGGAUCAGAUGGUGAAACAAAUUGGAAAAAGUUCAUCUUUCCAGCACAAUCUUAAAAAGGCAUUGAUGCCUAAAUCCUCAUGUUCCAGGAAACCAGCAGCGGUACCAGCACCUUCACUUGUAGAUUUAGAGGAAGACUUCAUGAUUCUGGACGAUGAGGCUCCCCUUCUGUUUGUCAUCCCUCGAAAGGCAGAUGUCAGCCGAAACAAAAAAACUGUCCAAGAAAAAACUUCAGAGAGUGUUGCUGCGGAGCCAUCCUCUACAGAGCAGCGCUUACAAAGUGAGCCAGAUGUGAACGAACAACAGGUGUCAACCUCCAAAAGAAGCAAAGCACAAGUUGAGUCUAAGAAACAACCAAAAGGAAAACGUGGGAAAGCUUCAAAAAAGAAUAGUAAAGAUGCUGUGACUGAUGUUUUAGAGGAGAGACCAAACCCUGUACCUGAAGCACUGGAGGAUGAGGGCUGUGAUCAGAUCUCAUCUCAAACUGUACAGGGACUCAAAGAUGUGGAUCCAUCAGGGGUUACAGGAAAACAGAGCUCAAAGGACAAGGCACCGGAUGAGCUUCCUGACAAAGCUGGGGAAGAAUCAGGCAUUCCUGAAAUCCCUGCUCCAUCUGUAGCGAAAACAACAAAGAAACCCCCCAAGUCUUCUGGAUCUCAACAGAAGAGGCGGCGGUCCAAAACAAAAAAGGAGUCAAAUAAUGUCCUUACUGCAGCAGGUCCUCACUCCCCAAACAAAAAUGGAAAGAACGGUAGAAAAGGGGAAGCUGUCUCUAAAACAAACAAAAGAACAUCAAAACAACAAAAAGAGCUAGAAAAUAUCGAUCCUGUCUGUGAAGAACAUGACAGUGUUGAACCUUUACCUGCCCUUGAUCAGCAAGAGGAAGAGCAAAGAAAAGCUGUAACCAAGCAGCCUUCAGCCAAGCAAGAUGCCUUGAAGGAUUCAGCAAAAAAACAGAAGAGCAAAGAAACAAAGAGGACUGUAGCAAAGCCAAAGAAUGCACCACCAGCUUUUUCAGACACUUCUUUAGACAGCUUUGCAACUAGCAGGAGGAAGAGGAAAGCGCCAGGAUCGUGGUGGCUUACUGGCCAAGAUGAAAGUGCCACAGAGAGUCAAUCAGAGCCCGCACAGGGACAACCAAAAACCAGUAACCGUAAAACUGCAAUGAAGAAAGAAACUGUGGUGGUUUCUGAAGAAACCCGGCCCACCCUAAAGAAUCAAAAGCAGCUUAAAGCUACUCGUACUGAGGUGGAUAAUGCUAAAAAGGUGAUAACCAAGGUUGAUGAUGCUAAGAAAACGGCUAAGAAAACAGGUGGUCGGAAAAAAAUCAAAGCAGCUGCUCAACCUCAAGUGCUGUCACCGGAUCGUGUGUUUGAAGAUGAAGUGGGAGCUACUUCAGAUGUGACGCCUACAGAAAUUAGUCCAGAAUUCUUUAGUCAUGACAGACAGCACAACUCUAUAACGGGUGAGAAGCAAGUGUUUGACAAGGUCUACACACGUGAUGGUGGAUCUGCGCAGAAACAUCCUUCAUCUUCACUGAGAAGACCAGAUGAUGUUCCUUCGAAAAGACAACGAAAAACCCCUUCCAAUUGGUGGGAGGUGACACAGUCUGAAGAUCCAACAAAUGGACCGUUUUUAACUCGCAGUCCUCCUCCACAUAAGUCCAAAACAACAACUGCUCCUAUUGGUGUAUUUAAUAAGGAGCCAAAUCUAGUGAAAUCACUGAAAACAAAGAAUCACACCAGGAACAUUCAGAGAAACAUAAUCCGCACACCAAAGUCAAUCAAGACGUCUUUAGCUUCGAUGAAUGCCAUUUUUGCCUCCGAGAAAGUAAAUAUGGUAAAAAGCGGACAGAGGCGCAGAAAACAGGGACGCAGAAAUAUCCUUCACUCUCUUGAGGAUCAGUCUGAUCACUCGAGUGAGAAUAUGGCCAAUAGUGAUGAGGGAAAUGGUCACGUAUCUCCUCACUUCAUUGGUGGUAUUGCUGUGGAGCCGUCGGCGACCAGAAACCAGAGUGUUCGAGUGUCCAGCGGACCCAACACAUUAUGUGAUGUUGAUGCUGCAUUCAGAAGUGGGCCAUCAUCAGUGCUUGAACUUCAGCGACACGAUGAGGAAGAUGAUGAUAUCGGUUUGCCGUCAUCCAGAGUGACUCCCUACCUGUCCCGACACGUCCCUCGGGUGUUAUCGCAAUGUGAUCUUUGUGGUCCCCCACUGCAGACCAUCGUCCUAGAGGAAGAGGACUGGAACAAUCUGCACACAUGGUUCGCUCAUUUGUGGCCCCCAGCUUCUAAAGAAGGUCGGACUGUCAGUCCCGACGACUUUCACUGGCACUCCUAUGGAGGCAGAGCCAUGGGCCAUGCUGUUGAUCUUCAGGAGAGCUCUUUCUCACAUGGAAAGGUUCUGCUGGGGUCAUACAUGAAGAAACCCCCACAGAUGGACAUUGAUACAGUUUCUGUAUUCAGCAUUAUCUCAAGUUGUGUGCGUGUUGAAAUCGAUGGCGUAAAGUCUGUCUACAAUUCUGGGGAGGUGUUUAUGAUACCCUCUGGAAGAGUGUAUAGCAUCCACAACCUCUGUCAAGAGCCUGCUGUGCUGAUUUACCACAGGACACAGUCCAGUCACACAUAGUUCUGAUAGAUGGUCUCGCUCGCUUAAUAUUAUUAUAAUUUUUUGGGAACUUUUCAACUGUAUUUUUUAAAUAAAAUUAUACGUGUAUGUCUUUCAAAAGCAACACAACAUUGUCUGGCCAAGCUCAUUUAUGCUAGUUGUUUAUUUGUGUAAAUAGUAAGAAAGUCAUAGACUUUGAUAAGAUUGUCAUUGAUAUUGGUGAUUGUCAAACAUGAAUUUUAAAGUGUUUUGUAAAAAAAAGCUUUAGUGAUCUUAUUAACUGUACAUGAACAUUUCUCACUGUAUUUGCUUCAGAAUGCAAUGGGAUUUAGAACUUAUGUUUGCUUGUCAGCAGGGGUCAGCAGAUCCUAUGGAAUAUUAUACUGCUGUUGCUCGUACUCAACAUUGUGGACAUUUUUUUAACUUUAAGAAAAGAACUAGAGUGUUAAAGAAAGCGGUGUCUUUCUUGCUAAUACUGUCUGUUUUUGUGUGAAGUAUCAA